UCCAAAUUUACUUACAUAGUACAAUUUCCAUUGCCUACAUUAAUUUCUCCAAAUGAAAAUUUUCCCGCCGUGCCAUUCUGUUGAGGUGUUCGAAAAAAUAUUGGGAAGUAUUUGUGGCAAUAUUCGGGAUGUCCCAAAAAAUAAGAUCGAGCCCUCGGUCAUCAAAGCUUCCGUCAUCCUCAUGAAGAAAAAUUCCGGCGAUGUUACCAAUGUUGGCGCUUCCUUUCUUGAUCGUCUCCACGAGCUCUUUGGCAACGGCGUCUCGUUGCAGCUCAUCAGCUCCGUCCUUGCGGACUCUGAAAAUGAAGGAAGAGGAAAGCUAGGAAAAGCAGCAUAUCUAUCGAACUGGAUCACCAAAUUCUCGUCGCUUAACGCCAAAGACGAAGCCACAUUCGAUGUCACAUUCCAAUGGCACGAGUCCUUCGGCUUGCCAGAAGCCUUCCUCAUCCGCAACCAUCACCAUUCCGAAUUCUACCUCAAAUCCCUAACCUUCGACACCAUUCCCAGUCACGGCCGCGUCCACUUCGUCUGCGAUUCUUGGAUUUAUCCGGCGGGUCGAUACCGCGACGAUCGCGUCUUCUUCGCAAACAAGGCCUAUCUCCCGAGCGAUAUGCCGGCGCCGUUACGGUGGUAUAGAGAACGGGAGCUUAGAAGCCUCCGUGGCGACGGAUCGAGCGGGGAAUUGCAAAAAUGGGAUAGAGUAUACGAUUACGCUUAUUACAACGACUUGGGGAGCCCCGAGAAGGGGGAUGAAUACGCGCGCCCCGUUCUCGGGGGAUCGGAGGCUUAUCCGUAUCCCCGUCGUGGAAAGACAGGGCGUAGACCAAACCCGGCCGAUCCCAGCUCAGAAUCGAGGUUGUCUCGACUGAGUUUGGAUAUUUACGUCCCUCGCGACGAGAGGUUCAAUCAAAUCAAGUUCUCGGACUUCAUCGCGUACGCGCUGAAGUCCCUCGGGCAGGUCCUAGUCCCGGAGAUCGAAUCCGUGUUCGACACAACUAUAAAUGAGUUCGACACUUUCGAAGACGUGCUAAACCUCUACGAAGGCGGAAUCCGGCUACUCAAUGAAGAGGAUGCCCGUAAACUCCGGGAUUGCAUGCCGUGGGAGCUGAUCCGGGAACUCAUUCGAUCGGAUGGCGAACGGUUUCUUAAAUUCCCGUUGCCAGAUGUCAUCAAAGAGAAUAGAACGGCGUGGAGAACAGACGAAGAGUUCGCGCGAGAAAUGCUCGCCGGAGUGAACCCUGUUGUCAUUCGACGGCUACGGGAGUUUCCGAUAAGGAGCGAGCUCGACAGACGAGUUUACGGCGAUCACGAUAGCGUCAUCACGGCAGACCAGCUCGAGAAAAACAUGGAUGGCCUUACUGUGGAAGAAGCGUUGAAGACGAACAAGCUAUACGUGUUAGACCACCACGAUGCCGUAAUGCCGUAUCUCGCGAGGAUCAACGAGACGACGGCGAAGAUCUACGCGACUCGAACAGUUCUCUUUCUUCAAGAAAACGGGACGUUAAAACCGCUCGCUAUCGAGCUAAGCUUGCCAAGCAAUGACGAAAACGAUCGAGGGGCGAUCGGGAAAGUUUACACUCCAAGCAAUCGCGGAAUCGAAGCGUCGAUUUGGCAGCUAGCGAAAGCGUACGUCGCCGUGAACGAUUCCGGAUAUCAUCAGCUCAUUAGCCACUGGUUGAACACGCACGCCGUGAUCGAGCCAUUUGUGAUCGCGACGAAUCGACAGCUAAGCGUUCUUCAUCCGAUACACAAGCUCUUGAAGCCGCAUUUCCGCGACACGAUGCACAUAAACGCCUUGGGCAGGCAGAUCCUAAUCAACGCCGGAGGCGUUCUUGAGAAGACGGUCUUCCCGGCGCAAUAUGCCAUGGAAAUGUCGUCGGCUGUAUACCGAUCGUGGAAUUUCGCCGAGCAAGGCCUCCCGGAGGAUCUCGUCAAGAGGGGAAUGGCGAUCCGCGAUGACGAUCAGCCGCACGGCCUACGGCUCGUGAUCGAGGACUAUCCGUUCGCUGUCGACGGGUUGGAAAUUUGGGCGGCGAUCGAAGCGUGGGUAACGGAAUACUGCUGUUUUUAUUACAAUUCCGACGAGGUUGUCCGGGGAGACGACGAAAUCCAAUCGUGGUGGAAAGAGGUCGUUGAAACAGGGCACGGCGACCGGAAAGGCGAGCCGUGGUGGCCGGAGAUGGCGGCGCGUGACGAUCUGAUUCAGAUCUGCACCAUAAUCAUAUGGGUGGCGUCGGCGCUGCACGCCGCCGUGAAUUUCGGGCAGUAUCCGUACGCCGGUUUUAUGCCGAACCGGCCGACGGUGAGCCGGCGGUUCAUGCCGGAGCCUGGGACGCCGGAAUAUUCCGAGCUGGAGGAGAAUCCCGACGGGGUGUUUUUUAAAACUGUGACGGCGCAAUUCCAGAGCUUGUUGGGUGUGUCGUUGAUCGAAAUUCUGUCGAGGCAUUCGACGGACGAGAUUUACCUCGGGCAGGCGGAGAACCGGGAGUGGACCGGCGACGCGCCGCCGCGGGCGGCGUUUGAGCGGUUCGGGGAAGCGUUGGUGGGAAUUGAGAAGAGGAUUGGGGAGAGGAAUUUGGACCGGAGUCUGAAGAACCGGUCCGGGCCGGUCGGGGUGGCGUAUACGCUGCUGUAUCCGAAUACGUCGGAUUACAGUAGAGUUGGAGGGCUCACAGGGAAGGGUAUUCCCAAUAGUAUAUCGAUUUGAAUUUUUAUUUAUUUCUUUAAGUAAAUUGUUUGAUUUUGAUUUGUUUGGGAAAUUUUAUUUUAUUUUAUUUACGAAAAUUGGACUGUAAGAAGUGUGUUCUUCUGUAAUUUUUUAAUUUACAUAAUAAUUAAAUGUAAUAUUAAUGAAAAGUAU